AACAGCAGCGCCAUCUUUUACGAGGCCUGGAGGAUCCGGGACGUGAGGAGGAUUCUGGCUUGUGGUUCAGGGGACUGGAGCCUGUCUUGGCAGAAAUGGGUGCCAUGAUGACCUCCUGUAAACAUCUGCCGGUUCAUGAGAAAACUUGGCAAAAAACAAAACAAGCAGACACAAGAGGACUGUGCAAACUGCACAAAGACAACUGGGAGCAGGAUUUGAACCAAGGAUACUGGAUCCAUCAAACAACAGCACUAACCACUUUUUGUAAUAUGUGUGGCUUAGUGGGUUCCAAACAAUAGCUAUGGAUGAUGUCUGUGAAGGACCUGGGAUGAAAGUAAAAGCAGAAGGCAAUGAAGGAUGCUAUAGCUUUAUAGAAGUUUCAUCACCUAAAAAGAAAAAGAAAUGUAAAGGCUAUGGAGAAAACACAGAAAAAGCAAAAAAGCCAAGGUCUGCUUAUCUCUUGUAUUACUUUGAUGUUCAUCAGAGCAUUCAACAAGAAUACCCUCACCUCCCACAGUCUGAAAUUAACAAAAGGAUCAGUGCAAGCUGGAAACAGCUAAAUGUUUCAGAAAAAGGAUAUUAUUUGGAGAGAGCCAAACUCGAGAAGGAAGGAAUAGAUCCAGAUACUCGGAUAUCAGGACCUUCAGCUGAUCUACCAGGUUUCAGAAAAAUCCUUCCUCGCUCUAGUUAUGUCCUUAUUCCAAAAAGCUCUCAACCUGAGGAGAGGACAAGCCAGAAAUCAGAACUCUGUUUGGAUCAGGAUGAGGCAGAAACAUCUGCCACUUCAUCUCUUUCACAUGAUACUCUGUUUUCUCCAAUUGGACUGGGCAGUGAAGUUGAACUUCCUGAGCAGUGUAUUGCUGUUGAAGGACUGACAGAUGAGGCAGCUGCUGUUCUUAGUCAGUCAGUUGCCCUGCAGCAAAUAUUGUCUCAGUACUCCAGUCCUUCACAGGACAAGUCAGCUGCAGGUUUUGUGUUAGAGCAGGAUACUUUGGAGCUGGUGGGUAACCCAACCUAUGGAGCGUUUGGUGUGGUUAUAGAGGAAUCCGUAAUGGAUGGGUCUGGUUCUGUAGCACCUGUUCCACCUGGGUCACAGAAUGUAGAUGAAGGGCAUUUGGUGACGAUCAUCCCAAACCAGGAAGCAACAGAAAUGGGCUCCACUGCAUCGACAGGGUUGAUAGUCUUACCCAUCAGUAACAAAAUUGAUUCACAUUCUUCUCCUUCAUUUAAACUGUCGAUAAAAUACACCAGAAGAGGAAGAGGAAGCUGUCAGACUCCAGGUUGUUCAUAUACAUAUGUAACACGACACAAGCCACCUAUAUGUCCUCAGUGUGGAAAGAACCUUGGUGGAAAAUGGGUGUCAAAUGAGAAAAAAGGUUCAGACAAAGCAACUACAAAAGCUGUAGUCAACAAUGUCACUUCUACAGACCAGCAUAAAGGUUCCAGUGAAACUAGCAAACCAUCCCUUGAGGCUUCAGAAGCAGUGACUCAGCUCAUCGUUGCUUCAGCAUCGUUUGAGCAGAGAGAAGAACCUUCAUCUGAGUGGGGUGAAGUUCUGUUACCCGAGGUUCAUGGUGUGAAAAGUGCUCCACAGAGAGACAAUGGAGCAGUUACAAAACCGUUAGUACAUACAAACAAACAAGUGAAAAAGGUAUCUUCAUAUUCUAAAAAGUCAUCGGCAGGAAUUACAAGGAAUAAAUCAUCAGAUAUACUGCUUUCUUCAUCUCCACCAAGAAAACAUUCUAAUAUCUAUAAUUAUGCCAUAUCCAGUGCUAAAACUAAAGGUGCAGCGAAACAUGUAGCACUUGUGCCUAAACGUCCUGUACGAGCCAUUCUUCCUGCUCCUGCUCAGGCAGGGCCAGACCACAACUCUGCUUUUGUUCAAUGGGUAACUGUACAACCAGAAAAAUGGAAGAACACAGAACUGAUUAAAAAUAAAAGCAAGUCAGUUAAGCAGACUUCGCUGAAGAUGUACGGGCUAAAGCCUAAUACACUUAAACAACUGGGACAUCAGAUCAAACAAACAGAGGAUGAGCAAAGACUUCCCAGUUUGGCUAAUGUAAAUCGAAAUGAAUCGCCAGAAAAAGGAGUGAAGAUUUUGUCCGUUUUGUCUUGCAAACAUAAUCCUCCUGCAUCUCUAGAACUUGGAUUAUCAACAGCUCGGGGCAAAGGAAAGUGCAAAAACCCAUCCUGUGAUUUUGUCUACAAAAACAGACACAAACCCCAAGUGUGUCCCACAUGUGGCUGGGAUCUCACCAAAGACAAACAAGGAAAAAAAUCAUCAACUUUUGAGGAACAAGUGGAAGUUUCAAACAUGAUAGACCCUUAUCAACCCUUGAAUGCAGCCCAAAAGGAGAUCCAGCGUCAGUCAACCUUGCAGCUCCUCACAAAGACUGUGCUGAUUCCAGAAAGUGAAGGAGAACUCUCUGAAACAAUGAGCAUGAUACAAGACCUGAACAGCUCACAGGUGACUUUGACUGCUGGCAAUGAAGAAGCUGUUACUGUUGACCAGACAGGCUGGCCCCGCUAUUAUGAGUCUGCUGCAACUGAGUGUGCCCUGUGUAACUUUGCCCUUUUCAAAGGGGGACAGAGUUCCGUAGCUGGACAAGAAGACUGCUGGUUGUUGACUGAUUCACAAAUACAAACGGCUACAAUUCAGCUGAAGAUCUGUCUGAAUCCACAGUGUCUUGCACUGCAUAGUUUCAAUGAUAUUCACUUUGGUCUCUUUAAUGUAGGUAAUAGGCUUUUGGUAAGCUUGGACAUUCUAUUCAGAAUUAGAAAUGAAAUAAAGCUUGGAAGAAACCCAAAGGAAGCUGCAUUGUUCAUUCUGGAUACUCUUCAAAGCCAGCCUGUAAAGAAGUUAAAUCAAAGUGAGCUUUGUCAAGUCCAAGAGCUGCUGUACAGUGGAUACUGGGCUUUCGAAUGUCUUACUGUCAGAGACUACAAUGAUAUGAUCUGUGGAGUGUGUGGCAUUGCACCGAAGGUGGAAAUUGCCCAAAGAAAUGCAGAAACUGUUCUUCUUUUGAAAAAUCUUGAGUUCACUUGGCCUGCUUUUGAAACAUCAGAGGAGGUAAAUGUUGAUGACUUCUGGUCAACAAUUGAAAUUGAAGCAAUUGAGCAAGCAGCAUUCCCAUCCAGUAUCCCAAUCACAAAAUUUGAUGCUUCCAUUAUUGCUCCUUUCUUCCCUCCUUUAAUGAGAAGUUCUAUUAUUGUAAAUACUGAGAGGCACAAGCAUUCAUGUGAACAAAGUGUAACAGGAAAUAUUGGUGCUUUUGUCAGGUUAAUACAUGAGGGUACCUUAAAACCAUUCCACAUCAACUCGUACAGUGAAAAAGAACUGAGAGAAUUUCUAAAUGCAUGCAAUAUAGAGAGUCAGCCAGAAGAUACAAAGGAACAGAUGGGAUUUUCUCUCCUUGCACUCUACGCAUACAUUCAGAAUGGAGUUCUGACUACAAAACAGCCUCCUUCACAUAUUACUGGAGGCAAGUUAUACAAAAUUUGCCCUCACCAGGUUAUAUGUGGCUCAAAAUAUAUAGUAAGAGGAGAAUCGGCUCGAGACCAUGUUGAUUUACUGGUAUCUUCACGCUACUGGCCACCGGUUUAUGUUGUGGACAUUGCAAGACAAGUGGCUGUUAGCACCGAUAUCUGGUAUCCAGAAUUGGCUGCUCAAAUGUGGGGGAAAAACCAGGGUUGCUUCUCAGAUCCCAUGGAUAUGCCAAAAUAUGUCUCAUGCCCUGAGUUGUUGGACCAGCAGUACACCAUGGACAUGACUGUGGCUGAAAACCCAUUAAUGCACCCUAUCACCAAAUCAACUGCAAGAUGGAUUGUGUCUUCUGAAGAGGACCAGGUAGAUCAUGAGGAGACAGCUUCAGCACAUCACUCCAUGUCUUUAUGUCAUGAAUUGGAACAAUAUGGUGCUGUCAUCCAAGCUGUCAAAGACAGCAAAAUUAACAGUGUACGUCAGCAACCAUUCACCUUUGAUAAUGCAGCUUAUUAUUAUCUCUACAAUCGACUCAUUGACUAUUUCACCAGCAAGGAUAUUGUCAACCGUCAAAUAACAGAUAUACUGCAGAGCUGUCAGCCAGGAGAGGUUGUAAUUCGUGAUACUCUUUAUCGGCUGGGUGUAGCUCAGAUAAAAACAGAACUGGAGCCAGAUGAGGAAACAUCUCUAUAGAUGGAGUCAAUUCAAACCCCUUUUUAAUUUAUACAUGGAUCUGAUUUUUUGGUAAUAGUCCUGCUGUCUCCAAAAGAAACUACAGUUUAAUUAAUGGUAAUGGGGAUAAAUAAAGAGGCAGUAGUGGCUGAGAUUGCAUUAGCUGCUGUGCAGCUGUCCGCACCUAUUACAGACACUAUAGUAUGGAGCAGCUAUUUAUAUGUGAAGUAAGAAAGUUCUUACUGAACUGAAGAUUUGCACAGAUGUUCACUGGAGGCUAACAAGUGAUUGACCCCUCAGUUAUCUUCAUCAGUAUCAAUAUUUAUAUGAAAUGUAGUUGCCUUUUUGCAGCCAUCCAGUCCUCAAUUAAUUUUGUAUUGUAAUUUAUAUUUUUGCAGAAAAAUGUUGUAUACGUGACAUAAGUAAAGUAAUGCAAUAAAGACCACAAGUGGAUUUUCUGCAUUGGUGGAAAGCAGCCAAGUUGAAAUGUGGCCUAACUUUGAAAGAACAUUGUCAAUGAAGGAAGCAGGGGAAACUAAAGAUGCAACUGGCCAACAAAAAAAUAAAUCUCUGUAGCAAGAAACCUG